CCGACUGCUAUUGGUCGCGCUCUCCAUUUGUCUAACCCCAUACCGACAGGCUGUUUUAGUUUCGCUUUUGAUUGGACUUACUUUUAUUUUUCAUUUCGCUUUUCUUUAGGUUCGUGGUCAGCUAUGGCCAAUAUUGAGUCGGAAUUGAAUUGUAAUAUAUGCUUGGAUCUUUUAAACGAUCCUCACCAUUAUCCUUGUGGACACAGUUUCUGUCUUCGUUGUAUCAAUGCGCUUAGGAAUAGUGAGAUACAUGCCUGCCCGGAUUGCAGAAGACCUUGUCCAGACAGGACAGACAUCGUCAGAGACUUCAGACUGAAGAAUAUUUUAGAAGCAUAUCGACAAAAUGGAAAUGUUGAGCCUACUCAGAACACAAGCCAACCUUCAGCAACAGUAUGGCUGGGGAGACAAGACCCCGGGAUUCUUCUUGUCAUCGUACUGCUGCUGUUCAUUUCAGUGUAUGCUAUGUUUCGGCUAGAGAGAACAGAGCAGGCUCUUCAAGGUUCUCAGAUUUUGACAGAUUCCACGCAUCCUGUGACCUUUUCCCCUGCAAAGUUAGAAAGAACCGAGGAUGUUUUUCAAGAUUCUCAGAUUUUGCCGGACUCUCAACCUGAACACCUAAACAAGGUGUCUGUCUCCCCGGGUCCUCUCUACCUCCUCUUGGCUCCUCUGCGAUGGCUUUGGCUGCUGGUGGAGGGUGUGGUCAUGUGUGUGUGGUGGCUCAUCUCUUCUCUCAUAUGGCUGGUGUUCCAGUGUGUGUGGUUGGUGUUUGAGUGUGUCAGGCUCGUGUUUGUGAGUAUUUGGGAGGUUGUUAAGUUUUGUUUUUGUUUUGUAUUUGGUGUUCUGAUUCAGUCCUUCAGUAUUUUUGUCUACAUUUGUGGACUUGCAUCUAUAGCAAUAUUCAGCAUACGGUUUCUGAGAAGUGAAAAUCAAACAGCAACUGGGAGGUAGGAUUCAUAAUCCUCUUGUGUGUUCUCAAGAGAAUGGUGUACUGUUGGACUGAUGGCCCGAGUCUUAUAUGAACCCGUUCAUAGAUCAUUAAGAACAUAAUGCUAACAGUCACUUUUGUUCUAUUACUCUGUCAGCACAAGCCUAUCUAGUCGAGUUGACACAAUCAAAAUGUUGGUUGAUGAUCAAUUGACAUACAUAAAAUUGCAAUUGAAUUAUUAAUUGUUCUGUUUCAACAUCAGUGUGUAGUUACAGUAUGUAGGGAAUAGGGAUGUGAGUGUACAGGCAGGGAUGUAAAGUAAAUGAGUAGAAAUACUCAAAUACAGUACUUAUGUAUGAAUGCGGAGUAUCUGUACUUUUCUUGAAUUUUGUUACUACAUUUUUAAAAUGAAAUGUCUACUUUUACUCCUCUACAUUUUCAUUAGCAGCAAUAAGUAGCCUACAAUGUAGGGUAAAAUAUGUGCAAAUGAAGACAAAAGCCAUUCAGCAUGUUGUGUUAGAUAUUUGCAACUGCAAGAUUUUCUGACCUGAUGUCAUUACAGGACACAGCAAUGAAUGAAGACAAAGUGACAGAGUGUAGGCCUAGCACAAACAGCUAACAGGGGAGCUACACCAGCCGCAUAACUGAAGCGUUCCAUUCGUCAUGCGUAAAAUCCAUUUUAGAAGACUGGUCUAUUUUUUUAUGUACUUUACGCGCCACUGUUGCGUCUGAUGUAGCUACAGUAUGUCCAUUGAUUAUAGUGAUUAUUAACAGCUGCAGCAUACGCGUCACGAACCGACUGCUUCAGUUACGCGGCUGGUGUAGCUUUCCUGGCAUGCUGUAGCACACAAAGGCCUACGUAGGCUGUUGCAAAGCCAUCGAUAUCUCAAAGUUGCGACAGCCGUUGAUUUCCAUGUUAAAGCCAGAUUAGAUCGGUCACGUGCCGCCAUUGUUUGUUCACGGGAGUCAAUGGAAGUGUCGCAACUUUGUUAUAUCGAAGGCUUUCUGUUGUAAGGAACUGAAUUAAAUAAAAAAUAAAAAAAAUGGUGUGAUGUAAAUGCCUUUCUAAACAUGUUGGAUAAACUUCAUUAUACAGUAGGCCUAUAAAAAGAAGCAGCGGUGAAAAAUGAAUGGCAGCCAUACCUUUGUUCAGACUUCAAAGACAUUGUGUACGCAGUGUGCACCAAGUUUUAAGGUACUGCAACUGUAUUAACACUGUAGCUUAUCCAAAGUUCUGACUGCUCUCUUUUUCAUUAAAAGCAUAACAAGGGAGAGGGUUGUCACCCCACCUGGCCUCCAAAGCGUUUACUAGUACUUUAUUCAAUACUUUAAGUGUGUUUUAAUUUUCUGUUCAAAUAUCUGUACUUCUACUCUAGUGUGGGUUUCGGAUACUUCAUACAACUCUGGGUAGGCCUACAGGUAAAGACCCAUUUGGUACAGGAUAUUAUGUGCACCGAAUGUACAGUCUGAAGCAGUAAUCAACAGUAUGCUUUUUUUGCGUGCAGACCAUAUGUCAGUUUAGAAAAGAACAAACUGUUUUUCAAAAGCACCAUU